UGUUUGUGAACUUAAAACACACACAUACUCACUUUCCCUGACAACGCUUAUCUGCUAACCCCUUAAUUAUGUUCAUCUGAGACUGGACCAAAACAUGUUGUUUUAUUCAAUUUAAAUACCAAAUUCAAAUUUGUUUUGAAUAUAGCUUAGAAGACAUUCAAUGUUUGCUAUAAUAAUAAUAAUAAUACCAUGUACAUUCAGUUAGCCAGACAAUUACUCCAGCCCAAAUACCCUGCUAUGGGACAUGAACUGGAUGUCUGCCCGGCACACAUUCAUCAGGUGACCCCUACAACUUCUUCUCUAAGGUCCACACUCUCUAAUAGCCAAGUUGAACUCUUUCCUCGAAAUUUUCCUCUCUAGUGUCUCAGUGCCCCAGGUGUCAUCAAGGUGUCAAAGGCGCUUGGGAGUGCCUGCAAACCGCCCCAUCCCCGGCGACACAGCCUCAUUCCCCGCCCGCGCGCCCAGGCGGCCGGUGGGCGGGCCCAGCAAAGGGCCUUGUGGCUGUUUCCUAUUGGGGCUUGGUUGCUAUGGUGUCACUCGCCUUUAAACUCGUGGGUACAUCUUUCGGAAAUUAAAGGAGAAUUACUUCCAGGGCUGCCCAUACUUGCCAUGGCCGACUCAGUAUUCACUAACUUCAACAAAAAUAAAACUUUUGCAAUAGUAUUCUAUUAAAGCUUCUUUAACCGCUUAAACUUGCGGUUUUGACAUGGUACCUAUCCUUUCUUCCCUUUUCAAAAGAUUCGCUAUAGAGUCUCUCUCUAUAUGCCAGUCUCCAAAAUGGCGCGGACGGCAUCAGUAGGUCAGAGGUGAGUCACGUGGGUCCCCCCGGUUCCGGCGCGCUUGAGGCCUUGGGUGGUGAACGAGUCUCUAGCACCAUGUCUGGUUUGUCUGGUCCACCAACCCGGCGCAGCCCUUUUCCGUUGGCGUUGCUGCUUUUGUUCCUGCUCGGCCCCAGCUUGGUCCUCGCCAUCUCCUUCCAUCUGCCCAUUAACUCUCGCAAGUGCCUCCGUGAGGAGAUCCACAAGGACCUGCUAGUGACUGGCGCGUACGAGAUCUCCGACCAGUCUGGGGGCGCUGGCGGCCUGCGCAGCCACCUCAAGAUCACAGAUUCUGCUGGCCAUAUUCUCUACUCCAAAGAGGAUGCAACCAAGGGGAAAUUUGCCUUUACCACUGAAGAUUAUGACAUGUUUGAAGUGUGUUUUGAGAGCAAGGGAACAGGGCGGAUACCUGACCAACUCGUGAUCCUAGACAUGAAGCAUGGAGUGGAGGCGAAAAAUUACGAAGAGAUUGCAAAAGUUGAGAAGCUCAAACCAUUAGAGGUAGAGCUGAGACGCCUAGAAGACCUUUCAGAAUCUAUUGUUAAUGAUUUUGCCUACAUGAAGAAGAGAGAAGAGGAGAUGCGUGAUACCAACGAGUCAACAAACACUCGGGUCCUAUACUUCAGCAUCUUUUCAAUGUUCUGUCUCAUUGGACUAGCUACCUGGCAGGUCUUCUACCUGCGACGCUUCUUCAAGGCCAAGAAAUUGAUUGAGUAAUGAAUGAGGCCUAUUCUCCUCCCACCUUGUACCUCAGCCAGCAAAACAUCGCUGGGACGUGCCUGGCCUAAGGCAUCCUACCAACAGCACCAUCAAGGCACGUUGGAGCUUUCUUGCCAGAACUGAUCUCUUUUGGUGUGGGAGGACAUGGGGUACCACCUACACCCAACAAGUCAAUGAGGGACUUCUUUUUAAUUUGGUAGGAUUUUGACUGGUUUUGCAACAAUAGGUCUAUUAUUAGAGUCACCUAUGACAAAAAAAUAGGGGUUACCUAGAUAAUGCCAAAGUCAGCAUUUGUCCUGGGUUCCCUUGUGUGAUCUGUUUGGACUAUGUUUUCUUUUCUUCUCCCACUUGCUCAGCAGCUUGGGCUUCCAUUCUAGUUCUUUUACCAAGAUUUUUGUGUGACCAUGUUGACUUCAUUCGGAUUGCCCUCUUUCAAUUUCCUUGUGAAAACACCCUUAACUUUCUCUUUACCCUUAGCUGAAAUGUUUACGUAGCUUCUGGUGAUAUCUUUUCAUGAUUUUUUGUCUCUUAAAAUGGUGAUGGAUGUGACACCUCAUAAAAGUGAGCUUUGAACUGUAGAUAACUCUUAAAGAAAAUGUCAUUUUAGACAAUUAAAAUAUUUGUGCUCAACUGCUUGAACUUUUUUCGUGUAUGUGUAUUUAAUUCUAUGCAAUAUUAUGACGUGUAGAUUCAUGUGACCACCAUCACAAGAAACAGAACAGUUCUGUCACAUGGACCCCUUGCACUGCCCUUUUACAGCCACAGCCACAUCUCUUUCUUAUACCCUCACCCCAACCUGUGGCUACCACUGUUCUGUCCUCCAUCUCUGUAAUUUUGUCAUUUCAAGAAUGUUGUAUGAAUGGAAUCAUACAGAAUGUAAUCUUACGAGGCUGACCUUUUUUCAUUCAGCAUAAUUCCCUUGAAAUCCAUCCAAGUUGUUGCAUGUAUGAAUAGUUUCUUCCUUUUUUUCUUUUAAAAAUGUUUUAUAUAUUUAGGGGGUAUAAGUACAGAUUUCUUACAUGCAUAUAUUGCAUCGUGGUGAAGUCUGGGCAGUUCCUUUUGACUGCUGAGUAGUAUUCCAUGGUAUGGAUGUACCACAGUUUGCUUAACCAUUCACCCACUAAAGGACAUAAGAGUUGUUUUCAGUUUUUUGCCCUAAUAAAGCUGCUGUGAACAUUCAUGUACAGGUUUUUACGUGAACAUACAUUUUCAUUUUCUGAGAUAAAUGCUCAAAAGGGCAACUGUUGGGUUGUAUGGUAAACACGUAUAUUUUUGUAAGAAACUACCCUACUCUUUUUCCAGAGUGGCUCUACUUUUUACAUACAGCCACUCAUACAAUUCACACAGCAAUGUAUGAUUGAUCCAGUUUCUUCACAUCCUCACCAGCGUUUGGUAUUACUACUAUUUUUUAUCUUAACCAUUCACAUAGAUGUGUGUAAUGAUACCACAUGUGGUUUUAAUUUGCAUUUCCAAUGGCUAAUGAUGUUGAGUAUCUUUUUGUAUGCUAAUUUGCCAUCUAUAUAUCCUCUUCGGUGAAAUGUCUGUUCAUGUCUUUUGUCUAUUUUCUAUUUAGGUCAUUUGUUCUUUUUACUAUUGAGUUUUGAGAGUUUUUUUUAUAUAUCCUAGAUAAAAUUCCUCUGUUAGAUAUGUGGUUGCUUGAAUUUUUAACAUAACUUCUACCAAGGAAAAAAUAAGUAAAAUUUCCAACUCUUGCAUGGCCAGUCACUUACUUAAUUCCUGUCCUUCAGUGUUCCAUCUAGAGAAUUAAGAGAUAUGAUGUAUAAAAUAGACAUCGAGGGCCAUUAAGAGAGAAAACACUUAAAAAUACAUGUUAUGAAAGCAAAGCCAAUAAUCACUGUAGGAGUAUGAGGUGCCUAAGGGCCAAAACUAAUGUAAAUAAGAGAAAAUGUGGAUAUAAAUGACCAUGUUUAUAAACACUUAUGAAAAAUGCUGUGACUUGAAAUCUUUCCCACAUCUCCCAAGAAAGUGUAGGAGUUUAUCCUUUCUGUAAUCUCUUUUUAACCCUGCUGACUAUUACAGGGCUUGUUUAAUCACAGUGGCAAGAAUUACAUGUAUCUUACAGUAAAGAAACAGAAUACUGGAAUUGUUAGAGAACCCUGAUGUGUUGACCUGGAUAAAGUACAAAGGUGGAAGAGGGAAUGAGUUAUGCUGUUAAAAUCUUCAGGCUAUUCUGUUAAUGUUCCUGCUACUAUGAACCCAAACUUUUUUUUUUCCCCCUUUUGACUCCUUGUGUCUUCCUCUCCUGUGGCAUAAAAGUAGUUCUGUCGUUAACUUGUACAACAUUGCCAUCUGCUGUUGAGAAUUGGUAGGUACUGCUUCUGAGAACCUGGCUGCAGAUCCUUAGCAUAGGCAGCAAAUGUUGAGAAAGUCUAUCUGUAGCAUUACAUAUACUAAGUUACAGAGGAUGCAUCCAAGUAGAGAAAAUAAUAUGUGGGUUAAGAUACAUCCUUAAACUUUUUUUUUUUUUGGGACGGAGUCUUGCUGCAACACCCAGGCUGGAGUGCAAUGGCGCUAUCUCAGCUCACUGCAACCUUCACCUCCUGGGUUCAAGCAAUUCUCCUGCCUCAGCCUCCUGAGUAGCUGGGAGUAUAGGUGCACACCACCACGCCUGGCUAAUUUUUGUAUUUGUAUAGAGGCAGAGUUUCACCAUAUUGGCCAGGUUGGUCUCGAACUCCUGACCUCAAGUGAUCUGCCUGCUUCAGCCUCCCAAAGUGCUAGGAUUACACACGUGAGCCACCACGCCCAGCCUCCAUCUUUAAACUUUUAAAUGUGAAAUUUCUAUCACGUACCAUUAGCCUAACAAGAUUCUCUUUCCUAUUUCUGACUGGUGCCUUUCCCCUUUUUAGGAGCAAUGAAAGCUACUCUGUUAGUUAUGUUCUUCUGAUGUGACAAAAUGUCAAGAAGAUGGAGAAGAGAAUAUUUUAUUUCGUUGAUGCUUUUGUUCCCAAGUGUGACCCUAAACUUAAGCUUUGUAGGAGUUGACAUUCUUUCAUGUCCCUUCCCUUUACUCAUGCCAAAACUAUCAACUGGGACAUUUUGUGCUUUUGGUUUAAAAGUUAAUUGAUAUCAUACUUUGGUUUUAUCUAAAAAGUAAAAGUAUUUGCCUUUGACAAAAGACUGAUACAAGAGCAAAUAAGCUUUAAAAUCAGGGGUGUUAUGUGCUUUCCUCCAUUUUUGAGCAUAUUAUCCAAAAUGGUCUGUACAAUAUAAAUGAGAAUGAUGCAGUUUAAGUAAGCCUUGUUAUACCAUUGUCAUGGACCCCUGUCAUAAAGCCAUUUAUCGGUUUGUUUGGGAAAGAGGCAUAUGGGAUUUAUACAGAUUCACUUGUAAAUGUUGGAUUGGGGAUUUUUGUGUAAAUUUUCUCAAAUAAAGGCUAGCAGAAACCA